AUGGCACAACUCGAUAUUCUCGACGUGGCCGUCCUGGUGGUGCUUCUGGUGGGUAGCGUUGCCUACUUCACUAAGGGUACUUACUGGGCGGUCCCUAAGACCUCUGCUGCGACUCCGGCGACGAAUGGAGUUGCAAAGCCCGGCAAAACUAGGAACAUUGUGGAAAAGAUGGACGAAACUGGCAAGAACUGUGUUAUUUUCUAUGGAUCGCAGACCGGAACCGCCGAGGACUAUGCGUCUCGGUUGGCUAAGGAAGGAUCGCAGCGCUUUGGCUUGAAGACUAUGGUUGCUGAUCUCGAGGAUUACGAUUACGACCAGUUGGACACUUUCGGUGAAGACAAGAUCGCAUUCUUUGUGCUUGCGACUUAUGGUGAGGGUGAGCCCACGGACAAUGCGGCCGACUUCUACCAGUUUGUCACUUCCGACGACGUGGCUUUCGAGAGUGGUGCCUCCGCUGAUGACAAGCCUCUGUCUUCGAUGAAGUUUGUCGCCUUUGGCCUUGGAAACAACACCUAUGAGCACUACAACGCUAUGGUCCGUCACAUCGAUACCGCCCUCACGAAGCUGGGUGCGCAGCGCAUUGGUGCUGCCGGUGAAGGUGACGAUGGCGCGGGUACCAUGGAAGAAGACUUCCUGGCCUGGAAGGAGCCGAUGUGGGCUGCUCUGUCGGAAUCUAUGACCCUGGAAGAACGUGACGCUGUCUACGAACCGGUAUUCUCUGUGUCGGAGGAAGACUCGGCCAGCCCUGAUGAUGAGAACGUCUACCUCGGUGAACCGACUCAAGGCCAUCUGGAAGGUCAGCCCAAGGGUCCUUUCUCUCCGCACAACCCGUUCAUUGCCCCCAUUGUUGAAUCUCGCGAAUUGUUCAACGUCAAGGACCGGAACUGUCUGCAUAUGGAGAUCAGCAUCGCUGGAAGUGGCCUUAACUACCAGACUGGUGAUCACAUCGCGGUGUGGCCGACCAACGCCGGAAUUGAAGUCGAUCGGUUCCUCCAGGUCUUUGGUGUCGAUGACAAGCGUCACACGGUUAUCAACAUCAAGGGUCUUGAUGUUACCGCUAAGGUCCCUAUUCCGACCCCCACCACCUACGAUGCCGCCGUCCGCUACUACUUAGAAAUCUGCGCUCCCGUGUCCCGUCAGUUCAUUGCGACUUUGGCUGCUUUUGCUCCCGACGAGGAGAUCAAGGCAGAGAUCGUGCGCCUGGGUAGCGACAAGGAUUACUUCCACGAGAAGAUCACCGAUAAGUGCUACAACAUCGCCCAAGCCCUGCAGAGCCUCACCUCCAAGCCGUUUACCGCCGUCCCCUUCUCGCUGAUCAUCGAAGGCAUCAACAAGCUUCAGCCUCGCUACUACUCUAUCUCGUCUUCGUCUAUGGUGCAGAAGGAUAAGAUCAGUAUCACUGCUGUCGUCGAGUCUACUCAACUGCCUGGUGCUUCCCACAUUGUCAAGGGUGUUACUACGAACUAUCUCCUGGCUCUGAAGCAGAAGCAGAACGGUGACCCUUCGCCCGAUCCUCAUGGCUUGACCUACGAUAUUACCGGCCCUCGCAACAAGUACGAUGGAAUCCACGUGCCUGUCCAUGUCCGUCACUCCAACUUCAAGCUUCCCUCGGACCCGGCGAAGCCGAUUAUCAUGGUCGGUCCCGGUACCGGUGUUGCUCCUUUCCGUGGUUUCAUUCAGGAACGUGCUGCCUUGGCUGCUAAGGGCCAGAACGUUGGCACUACGGUGCUGUUCUUUGGUUGCCGCAAGAGUGAUGAGGAUUUCUUGUACAAUGAUGAGUUCAAGACCUACCAGAACCAGCUUGGUGACUCCCUGAAGAUCGUCACGGCCUUUUCGCGUGAAGGUGCCCAGAAGGUCUAUGUCCAGCACCGGUUGCGCGAGCACGCCACUCUGGUCAGCGAUCUCCUCAAGCAGAAGGCCAACUUCUACGUUUGUGGAGAUGCAGCUAACAUGGCCCGGGAAGUCAACCUCGUUCUUGGUCAGAUCAUUGCCGAACACCGUGGCUUUGGACCUGAACGUGGUGAGGAAAUGGUCAAGCACAUGCGCAGCAGCGGUAGCUACCAGGAAGACGUCUGGUCAUGA